CAGCGGCAGCAGCAGCACCACCACUACCAUGGCAUCCGAUUCCUCCCCCCCCGCCUCCUCCUCUUCUACCACCUCGUACUGCAGCACGCGAGGGGGUGCGAAGGGUGUGAGCUUCGAGAAUGUCGUGCUGGGAGGGCUGGCGGAGGACAGGGGGCUGUAUGUGCCGGAGGUGCUGCCGAGUGUAUCCGCUCAAGAGCUUGCGGAGUGGCGCAAGCUGGCCUUCCCCGAGCUGGCGUUUAAGAUCAUGUCCAAGUACAUCUCCACAGAAGAAAUCCCCUCCGAUGACCUGCUGGACCUGUGCAAGAGGAGCGCCACCAACUUCCGUACGGAAGAGGUCACCCCCGUCGUACGCGUCGGGAAGGCCUGGGUCCUCGAGCUCUUCCACGGCCCGACGUUCGCCUUCAAGGACGUGGCUCUUCAGUUUCUGGGAAACCUGUUCGAGUACUUCCUGCUGCGUCGACGAGCGAAGGGGGAAGAGGCGGGUCUCACCAUCCUGGGAGCUACUUCCGGGGACACCGGCUCGGCGGCCAUCUACGGCCUGCGAGGAAAGGCGCACGUGAACUGCUUCAUCAUGUUCCCCGAGGGGCGCGUGAGCGAGAUCCAGGAGCGUCAGAUGACGACUGUGCCGGACGCGAACAUCCACUGCGUCAGCGUGGAGGGGUCCUUCGACGACUGCCAGGACAUCGUCAAGGCCGCCUUCGCAGACAAGCCCUUCAGGGAGGAGGUCAAGCUCGGCGCGGUGAACUCCAUCAACUGGGCAAGAGUCUUGGCCCAGAUGACCUACUACUUCUGGGCGCACUUCAGGGUUUCCGAGGCGCUCGAGGCGGCGGGAGAGCCGUUGGAGGAAGGGUCCGGCCUGAGCUACUCGGUCCCGACGGGAAACUUCGGUGACGUGCUCGCGGGGUACUACGCCAAGCGCAUGGGGCUGCCGGUGGACCGCCUGGUCGUGGCCGUCAACGAGAACGACAUCCUGCACCGGUUUUUCUCCACCGGGAAGUACUGGCGGGAGGGCGUCGUGCCCACCCUUGCUCCCAGCAUGGACAUCUGCGUCUCGUCGAACUUCGAGCGUUACCUCUUCCACCUGUCGGGCGACGACGGAGAGGUUCUCGCCGGCUGGCUCAAGAGCUUCGAAGCAACGGGCCAACUUACGCUGGAGGGGGAACUACUGGACCAGGCGCAGUCGGCUUUCAGCUCCUCCAGGGUGGUCACAGAAGACAACCUGGCGACUAUCAAACAGUUCUGGGACGAAAAGAGCUACCUGUUGUGUCCCCAUUCCUCCGUGGGGGCCAAGGCACCGCUGCAGCUGGGAAUGCCGGAGGGGAAGACGGUGGUUCUGGCCACGGCGCACCCGGCGAAGUUCCCGGAUGCCGUAAAGAAGGUGGUGCCUGACCUUCCUCCGGCACCGGAGGCGCUGCAGGUGCUGUGGGACCUGCCCACUCGUUCUACCAAGAUGCCCAAUGACUUGAAAAAGGUGGAAGAAUUCAUGUUGGAAACCUUGAAGGCAUGAUGGAGACCAGCGUGCGUGCGGCUAUCUACAGUAUCCAGCUGCACACAGCAACCGGGGGGUGACCACGAUACGGUGUU